AUGGACGACCGGAUGUCCACCUUCGUCGUCGGCAGCAACUACCACGUCCUCGAUCUCAUCGGCGAAGGCGCAUACGGUAUCGUCUGCUCGGCCAUGCACGUCCCCUCCCAGCGCAAGGUCGCGAUCAAGCGCAUCACGCCCUUCGACCACUCCAUGUUCUGCCUCCGCACCCUCCGCGAGAUCAAGCUCCUCCGCCACUUCCACCACGAGAACAUCAUCUCAAUACUCGACAUCCUCCGCCCGCCCUCGCUCGACGAGUUCAAGGAGGUCUAUCUCGUCCAGGAGCUCAUGGAAACAGACCUCCAUCGCGUCAUUCGCACCCAGCAGCUCUCCGAUGACCACUGCCAAUACUUUAUCUACCAGGUUCACCCUGCGCGCCUCAAGGCGCUCCACUCCGCUGAUGUCCUUCACCGGGACCUCAAGCCUUCCAACCUGCUGCUGAACGCCAACUGCGAUCUCAAGUUGUGCGACUUUGGUCUCGCCCGGUCUGCACGGCCCCCGCCCAAUGUGGCGAAUGACAGCAGCACGUUCAUGACAGAAUACGUCGCCACCCGGUGGUACCGUGCGCCGGAGGUGAUGCUCACCUUCAAAGAGUACACGCGCGCCAUCGACAUCUGGAGCGUCGGCUGCGUGCUCGCCGAGAUGCUGAGCGGCAAGCCGCUCUUCCCGGGCAGAGACUACCACCACCAGCUGUCGAUCAUCCUCGAUAUCCUCGGCACGCCCUCGCUCGACGACUUUUACGCGAUCACCUCGCAGCGGUCAAGAGAAUACAUCCGCGCGCUGCCCUUCCGGAAAAAGAAGGCGUUCAGCUCCCUGUUCCCGACCGCGAACCCGCUGGCGAUCGACCUGAUGGACAAGUGCCUCACCUUCAGCCCGAAGCGGCGAAUCGAGGUCGAGGACGCGCUCAAGCACCCGUACCUGGAGGCGUACCACGAUCCGUCGGACGAGCCGACGGCGGAGCCUCUGGACCCGAGCUUCUUCGACUUUGACAACGGUGACCCGCUCGGAAAGGAGCAGCUGAAAGUGCUCAUCUACGAGGAAGUGCUUGGGCCGCGGCAGGGGUGA